AUAGUAACGUGUUGUGAGAAAAAGGAAUAGCAGACGAGAGUUCGCUUGCUAACAGUGGUAGCCAAAGUGAGAGCGUAGAAAAAUAAAAAUUUUGACAAACGCGUCUUUUAUUCGAAUGGAGUGUCAUCAGUGGCCAGAAAAGAAGAGCGGAAGAAAAGCGAAACAUUUGAUGCGGCACCUAAUCAUUUGUCGGUUUUUUGCGUGAGAAAAAGUUCGAACACUAUCGGCGCGAUGUGAAGAAGCCAGCAAUUAUCGAGUUGGUAGCAAACUGUGUGCCUGUGCAGGCAAUGACGCGAGGGGAUAAUAAGCAGAAAAAAGUGGCAAGAAAUCGAUUCCCGCGGGUGAAUGAGAGAAAAAAGAAGGAAACAUCAAUUGGAAUUUGCCAGAAGAACUAGAAUCAAUCUGUUUUGGGACGUGUUUUUGACAUUUCAGCGAUAAGGUGGUAAAGUAUCGGGAAGCAGUAGAGGGAGUUGAGUGCAAAAUAAGUGGGUUGACAACUGGCUGACUCAGAGGAUAUUCUGUGAUGUCCGCAUCUGGAAGCUCGUCUCCAGGCAGUAAUAGCAACAACAUCAGCAGCAGUAGCGGCAACAACGGUACGGAUAAUACCGAACGACGGAGCAGCAAUAGCAGCAUUUCCGGGUCGGGAAGGACUCCCCGCAAGUUGUCCGCCGGUAGUUCGGCGGGGAGUAACGGGACGACCCCCAGUAGCAACAGUUCCUGCAUCUGGUGCGGUGAAAAUAAAACCCCCCUCAAGUACAUCCUGCCGACCCAGAACGGAAAGAAGGAAUUCUGCUCGGAGACCUGUAUACUCGAGUUUCGCAAAGCAUAUAGUAAAGGCGCCUGCAUCCAGUGCGAUAAUGUGAUACGAGCUAACGCACCAAAACCCAACUAUUGCUCGACAUUCUGUAUGAAAAAGCAUCAGAAGAAAGCGUUGGCCAGCGGCGCAUCCGCAGGGCAAUCGGCCGAUGGAACAGGCGCAUCCACAACAGCGAACUCGUGUGCCAGUUCGAAGAUUAACAACAAUAAUAAUAACAACAACAAUAAUAACAGUAAUGGUGGCAGCGGCAAUGGUGCUAACAAUAAUACCACAAACCAUGGUCGGAGAAGCAAUGGGAACAAUUCCCCUGGUCGGGAAUCGAGUUCCGCUAGAAUCAGUCCGGUAACCACCACAAUCGUUACGGGCGGCCCCUUUCAGUACGAGAGCUUUCACGUGUUCGACUGGACCGAGUACCUGCGGGAAUCGGGAAGUGUACCCGCUCCGGCCGAGUGCUUCAAACAGGCACUGGUGCCACCCAAAAAUGAGUACAAGAUCGGUAUGAAGCUGGAGGCGCUGGAUCCUCGGAAUGUCACCUCGACCUGCAUAGCAAGUGUGGUGGGUGUCCUCGGGUCUCGACUACGGCUGCGGCUGGAUGGCAGUGACAAUAAGAACGAUUUCUGGCGACUAGUAGAUUCCAAUGAAAUCCAUCCCAUCGGUCACUGCGAGCAAACGGGUGAGAUGUUGCAACCUCCGCUUGGGUUUCGCAUGAAUGCGAGCAGUUGGCCAACGUUUCUGUUGAAGACUUUGAACGGAGCUCAGAUGGCACCGGCCCAUAUUUUUAUGCCGGAACCUGCCACGCCCAAGUGCAAUUUGUUUCAGGUCGGACAAAAGCUGGAGGCGGUUGACAAGAAGAAUCCGCAACUGAUAUGCUGUGCAACAGUCGAUGCGGUCAAAGAGGAUCAAAUCCAUGUUACAUUCGAUGGUUGGCGAGGUGCUUUUGACUACUGGUGUCGUUACGAUUCUCGAGAUAUUUUCCCGGUCGGAUGGUGUGCAAAAAGUUGCCAUCCUAUGCAACCUCCCGGACAGAAAAACAAGAUGGACGGAAGUGGCACCCGAUCGAAAACUUCUCGUUCCACGUUUGCUAUGAUUUCGGAGCCGGAUUCAAUGACACCGGCUUCUCCGGUGACGGCACAUUUCCAUAGCCGUUGUAAAGGUGGUCCUUUCAUCAAUAGCUCUAAGCUCCCCUCAAUGGUUACUGCACCAAAUCAUCAAACCUUGGCGAAACUUUGCCUUCAAGAAGUAUUAGCUGCUUCCAAGGAUCAUUCGCAACUUUCUCCGCUGCUGUUUGGUCUUGAAGGUGAUGUCCAUAUCGUGACAGCUGCGGGGAAAAAUUUUACUGUGAAAAUUCCCGCGUAUAUCCGACAAAAAGGAAACAGUGGCUUGUCGGAGUUUCUCGAGACCUUAUGCACAGCAUGUAGAGCAUGUAAGCAUUUGAUCACAUUGGAUCCUGGUCCAGAGCAGUGCGACGCUUGUAUGGUGCAAUCCCCUCCGCUCAAAAGACCAAUCAAAAGCGAACCGACCGUCAGAAGUGCGAGUCCACCCCCAACGACGGCAUCCUCGCCGAAGGCAGCAGCCACAACGCGGGAAUCGCAACAGGAAUGUCCCCGAAGUCCUUCACCCAAACGAAAAGCAGUGGAGCAAGAGACGGCAACCUCAACAACAAACAAUGAACCAAGCUCAUCCUCUCCAACGCCACCAGCUACGGCGGCUGUGAGUAUUGUUCACCCGACGCCAUCAUCUACAGUGGUAGUUGCGAGCCCAGCGCCGCCAGUUACUCCUCCCAGCACUCCAGUGAAGAUGGAAGUGGAGUGCUCGGUGGCUGAAGCUGCUGCAGCAGCUGCCGUAGCGGUCGCAGCGUCCUCUCUGGUCACAGUGUCUGGUUCCGCUGCAUCACCUUCGCAGAUACCCGCCCAUAUACCGCCGACAGCCAAUGUAGCUCCCGCACCUGUCGCUAACACGGUGGUUCCGUGCCACCAAGUUCAACCGAGUAUCCCGCUGGCCGCUCCUGUACAAUCUGCCUCAUCGUCAUCCGCUACCUCUAUUGCACCCAUUCAAAUGGUACCUGCCGCUGCUGUGGUUAUGCCACCUUCUGCUCCCGUGAACUCCACACCAACACACGUGAUUCCGAACACGAAAGUGUCAGCACCCAGCACAAGUUCACAAAUGCCUCGGGGACAAACUAGCGAUUGGUCGAUCGAGGAUGUGAUACAGUUUAUUGCCGUGCAGGAUCCGGCUCUGGCUGUACAUGCGGAUUUGUUCAGAGAACAUGAAAUCGAUGGUACCGCACUGCUGUGGCUCAAUAUAGACACCUUGAUGAAGUACAUGGGUUUAAAACUUGGACCUGCGCUGAAGAUCUGCAAUCUGGUCAGUCGAGUGAAAGGUCGUCGACAUAAUUUGUCUUCGAUGUAACCUUUCGUGGCAUAUCUGUCGCAGAUUUAUCUCUCAUUUCUGUGGUUACAGUAUCUAAACGUUUAAAGCGAUGAUUUAGUGAUCCACAAAACCAAAAAAAAUGGAUUGAAAUCACGGGAGAAGUGAGUUGUGUAAUUAUUUAUGUUCAAUAUAACAUAUAAGAUUGAAUGAAGGUGAAAUACGUUGAUGAGUUUUAAAAUUCAAGUUAAAUUAGUGAUAAGAUUUUCAAUUCGUACGAAUGUUUGCCUCACGGAGGUAUGUAAAUUGUGCUCUUAUGAGGCAUUAUCACGAAAAAAGCACUUUUGUUUAUUUUAUUGUACAUUUUCCUUUCCUGUGAAAGUUUAAUGGUAUGAAUAAACUGAAGAGAAACAAAUAUGUUCAA